AUGAAGUUAUGGGAUAAAGUUUUCACGUGUUGCUUUCUGCUGGACCACGUCCUCUCCAGUCCGCUUCUCCUCCAGGGAAGCCCGCAGCCACAGCCUCCGUCCCCGGCAGGACCCCUCAGUUAUGGGUCUCUGGGGACGAUAGGGGAGAUGGACAGGAGGAAGAUGUUGGAGGACAUCCUGGAGCUCAUCACAAGCACCAUCAGCAGGCUGCGCAGGACAGUCGAGUUGGCCAACCAAGAUCCACCCUGGGAACAGGGAUCAGCCCAGCUGGACAGUCAAGAAGCACCCUGGGAGAGGAGUACGGUAGAGUUAGCCAAUCAGGACUCAACUUGGGAGAGGAGAUCAGCAGGGUUGGCCAAUCAGGACUCACCCUGGGAACGGAGGACACGCAGGAGGCCUCAGAGGCCAAAAGCUGGCCGAUCACAAGGACAAGGGUCGUCCAGAGAAGAGGGCACGUGGAUGAAGGCUGUGGCACCAGGCCAAGGGGGCGUUAAACGACGGAGGAAGGGGAAAGGGAAGGGGAAGAGCACACAAGGUCAAACGCAAGGUCACGUCCAAGGUCAGGGUCAAGGUCAAGGCUGCCGACUGCGGCAGAUCCAGCUGAACGUGUCGGACCUCGGCCUGGGCUACCAGACGCGCGAGGAGAUGAUCUUCCGCUACUGCAGCGGGCCCUGCACCAACGCGGAGACCAACUACGACAAAAUCCUCAACAACCUCUCGCAGAACAGGAAGCUGAGGUUGCUGAGAGACAGCCCGCCCCACGCCUGCUGUCGACCGAUCGCGUACGACGACGAUCUGUCGUUUUUGGACGAUAACUUGAUAUACCACACUAUGAGGAAGCACUCGGCCAGGAGGUGUGGUUGUGUUUGAUUAGCAAGUCCGCUUGCUAUACCACCACACCCUAGCUACCCUGUUGUGUGGUUGCAUUUGACUAGCAAGUGUAACGGAGGGCAACUAGCAGAGUGUGAU